AUGGCGGCCUCCACCAACCUUUGUGGGCAGAGCCUCUCGUGGUUCGUCGUUUUUGCUGUUUUCAUGACAAGGGUCGCGUACUGUGCUGAGCACUUCCACAGUUGGAACGUGGAAUUCGACCCGGACUCCGCUUUCUCGUAUCUAGAACAACCGGUUAUCACCAUCAACGGAAUGCUCCCGGGACCGCUCAUAAACAUGUCGACGAACGACGUUGCUUACGUGAACGUGUUCAACAACCUGGACGAGCCUUUGCUUUUCACAUGGAAUGGCCUGCAACAGAGGCUGAACUCAUGGGAAGAUGGAGUCUCGGGCACGAAUUGCCCAAUCCGACCCGGCACCAACUGGACCUACGUGUUCCAGGCCAAGGACCAGAUCGGCACCUUCUUCUACUUCCCCUCCCUCAACUUCCACAAAGCCGCCGGCGGGUUCGGCCCCAUCCGUGUCAACAACCGCAAGGUCAUCGCCGUCCCGUUCCCGACACCUGAGGCCGAGUACGACCUUCUGAUUGGAGAUUGGUACAAUCAAAGCUACAAGACGAUUAGAUCGUCAUUAAGCGACAAACGGCAUGCUUACGACGGAAAGCCUGACGCGCUACUGAUGAAUGGCAAACUCUCAUAUGGAGUUGCAGAAGAUCCUGAGACAUUCAAUGUCACCGAAGGUAAGACUUACAGGAUCAGGAUAUCAAACGUGGGCAAUGCACUGAGCUUCAACUUCAGGAUCCAAGGGCACAGGAUGGUGGUGGUCGAGACGGAAGGGUCGUACACCGCCCAGAUCACCGUUGACUCGCUCGACAUCCACAUCGGCCAGUCGUACUCGGUUCUCGUGACGGCGGACCAAGCCAAGGCCGAUUACUUCAUCACGGCGACGCCGAAGCUGGUCAGCGCGGAGAAGUCCGGCGAGCUAGUCGCCCUGGGAGUUCUUCACUACAAGAACUCCAGUGGACCCCCAAGGUACCCCAUUCCUCCAGGUCCUGAUCCAUUCGACAUGGGUUUCUCCAUCCGCCAAGCUAAGUCCAUCAGGUGGAACAUGACCGCCGGCGCGGCGAGGCCCAACCCGCAAGGGAUGUUCAAUGUCUCCCGCGUGACGCCGAACCAGACGUUCGUCCUCCACGGGUCGACGGCCGAGAUCGACGGGGCGCCUCGCUAUGCCGUGAACAAUGUGUCGUACCACACCCUGGAGACCCCACUCAAGCUGGCGGAUUACCUAGUGAACGGGUCGGGCGUGUACCAGCUCAACUCGUACCCAGUCCGGUCCGUGAACCCGGUGGCCGAGUCGGGCGUCUUCGUCGCGACCGGGGUUCACAAGGGUUGGAUCGAGCUCGUCUUCUCGAACGGCCUGGAUGUCAUGGACUCUUGGCACUUGGACGGGUUCGGAUUUUACGUGGUCGGGUUUGGAAACGGAACUUGGACGCCCAGAUUGCGAUCAACAUACAAUACACACGAUCCAGUCGUUCGGUCUACAGUUCAGGUUUAUCCUGGGAAAUGGACUGCCGUCUACGCUUACCUUGACAACCCAGGAAUGUGGAACUUGAGAUCUCAACACUCGAAGCAUCGGUACCUUGGACAAGAGCUUUACGUUAGGGUUUACGAUGCUGACCCCGAUCCUGCCAAGGAGAGGCCACCCCCAGAAAAUCUCCUCCUAUGUGGUUAG